AUGAAAGCCUACUUAAGAGCUUUUGAUUUGUGGGAUGUGGUUGAGAUAGAUAAGCAACCAAAUCCACUGCCAGAAAACCCAACACUGAAUCAAAUCAAGCAUCAUUCUGAAGAAGUGACUAAGAGAUACAAAGCUUUGUCUUGUAUCCAUUCUGCAGUUUCAGAGGUGAUGUUUGCAAAGAUCAUGGCUUGUGAGACAACAAAGGAAGCAUGGGAUAAGUUGAGAUUGGAAUUCCAUGGAAGUGACAAAUCAAAGCAAAUGCAAAUUUUCAAUUUAAAAAGGGAAUUUGCUCUGCUUAGAAUGAAAGAUGGUGAAUCAAUUAAAGACUACAUUGAUAGGCUAAUGAAAAUUGUGAACCAGUUGACUCUUCUUGGAGAGGUGAUUUCUGAAAAUAAGGUUGUGGAGCAAGUAUUGGUGAGUUUGCCAGAAAAAUUUGAGGCAAAGAUCUCAUCUUUGGAAGAUUCGAAAGACAUAAGCACCAUGACAAUUUCAAAACUUUCAAACUCUUUACAAGCUAUGGAAUUGAGACAAACUUUCAGAGAUGGAAUCAUAAUAUCUGAAGGAGCUUUUGUUGCAAACCAAACAACAAAAAUACAUGUUGGUUCCAGUUCAAAUAAGCAGCAAUUUGGCAAGAAAGGCAAAGAAAAGAAGGAGAGCUUUGAUAGAAGACAAAAAGGGAAGAAAGGUAGAUUUCCACCUUGCCAACAUUGUAAAAAAACCAGCCAUACAGAGAGGUACUGCUGGUAUAGACCUUAA